CCACCGACUCCAAAGGGUCGCGCACAGUCCCCGAGGAGGAGGAAGGACCUUCUCGUUAAUCCGCCCGAAAUUGGGUCAACGAGGCCCGCUCACGAAUCGCCCGCGAGCAGCAUCGGUCGUUCGAAAAUCCGACAUAUUUCCCGAGAACCGUCUCUCAUAUCCUUCCUCUCUUAACUCGACCUCGUCGUCAUCGUCGUCGGGACAUACACAACCUCCGGGGCCGAUGAUGACAAUAAACGCGCAUAUUUACACGAAACGCGAAACACACACACACAUACACAUAGACACACGGAAGAAUGUUGUAUGUCACCCGCGACGUGUUCACUCGCGAAGCGCCCUCGCGCGACUGACGCGAAAACGCCACGUGACUCGAGACUCCCGAGUCACGUGGUUACGUCUCGAGGCCACGUGACUUUGUGCGAUUUCGAUUCAAAUACGCGCCCAACUUCACGCUGAUCAUCGAUUGUCGAUCUGUCGAUCGUCGUCACGUCGAGGGACCACGUCUCUUCCAGGUACGCGGCCUUUAUUUUUUCUUUACGACGAUAUAUAUAUUUCGUACGAUUUCCGAGGAUGAGGAGAGAUGACGUCAUUCACGGAGUCGCAGGAAGCGAGGAGAGAAUCGCAGGGAUGCAACUACGCGGGAGCGUGACAACGACGACGACGACGAUGAUGGAGGACGCGACGCGUCCUGCUAAUAACCAUCUCCUCGUUGCAGGCGCAUCGGCAGACGUCCCGGGUACAAACUGCGAAGCAGCUCAUCAUCACAAACGGGAGAAGGAGGGCGCGAUCCCACGUCUGGACGGGAUGGAUCAUCGAGCGGCAGAAAAGAUGGCAAUCGCAGCUUCGGAGAAUUAUCAGCUCAAGUGGCACAGCUAUGGGGCGCAUCUGCAUAGCUCCGUGGCGACGUUGCUUCAUUCGGAGUCCUUCGCGGAUGUUCUCCUGGCGACGUCCUGCGGUCGACACGUGGCUGCUCAUCGGUUCGUCCUCGCGGCUUGCUCGUCGUACCUAAGUCACAUUUUCCAGACGUGCCACUUCGGCGCGAACACCAAUGCUCCGAUAAUCGUAUUGCCUACAGAGAUCGGAUAUCGUACGCUAAAAAUCCUGAUACAGUACAUGUACAGCGGCGAAGCCACCGUGACGAAUGAUCAGCUGGAGGGAGUCUUGAAAGCCGGAGAUAUACUGCGUGUACGUGGACUGUGGAGAUCGAACACUGGUAGCAGCAAGAAGGAAAAUAUACAGUCGAAUAAUCAGAAGAUCGAACGCGACAAGCGGGAACCGUCGCAGCUGACCGGGCAGAUACAGAAGAUCAAACUGGUGCAACCAACCGCCGAAAAGAUAGUCGAGAACGCGCAGCAGACAGCCACGGCGUGUCAAAAUAAUGUACAACCUUCGAAGCCGGUCGAGAGGAAGAGCACCGAGAAGAUCAUCGAAGAGAAAACCAACGAAUCCGACGCCAAAAAGAUCUUGGAGGAGAACAAAAAUAAUGAACAGAAUAAAAACAAGGAGAAUCUCGAGACGAAUAGCAAGAAGAAGAAAUCUGUUAGCAGUGACGUCGAAUCGAACAAAUCGAAGAGCGAAGGUGGCGAUAACACGGAACUAAAUCUGGAACUGUUAGUAAAGGAUGAGCCGAUCGAUUGGGAAGAGUCGAUCGAUCCGUCGGAGUCGCUGACGAUAGACCACGAGAUCGAUAUCAAACCGGAGAUUGUGCACAGUGCGGAUGAAGAUGGAGACAUGGAAGAGGAGGAAUAUACACCAUUGACAUGUGACAUGUGCAGUCAAACGUUUAACAGGCCGUCAGAUUGGGUGAGACAUAUAGAAUUCACGCACGCUGACAUGACUGAAAAUCGGAGAAAGAAACGGAAGGACGACAUGAACGACGACAGCAAAGACUUCCCGCCUCUGAAAUGCGAUCUAUGCGGCAACAUGUAUUCCACGCCCCAAGAGUGGGUACGUCACAUACAAACGGAGCACACGGAGGAACAACUGGCCUUGAUGAACAAUUCGGCGCCCCCCAAGCCCAAGAGGGUACACAAUCACCAAAAGUUAUGUAACAUAUGUCAAAAGGAAUUCCCGAGCCACGCCUCGAUGGUCAUCCACCAGAGAACGCAUACGGGCGAGAAGCCUUUCCUCUGUUCCUACUGCAAAAAAGGCUUCAAUGUAAAGAGCAAUCUAUUGAGGCAUUUAAGAACACUGCAUGACAAAUAUGUGCAUCCCAGCUUAUACGGGAGUAAUGGUAGCACGAACGCUUAAAAAGGCUCUUUCACAUUCCUUUCCGAAACAUAUACAUAUAUAUAUAUAUAUAAAUAUAUAUAUUUCUGUUUUGCAUGGCGCCUCAGUCGUGGAGAGACUAAUACAGCAUCUUAUCUAUAUGUUCAAUAUUAUGAUAUUGAAUCUGAAUUUAGACUGAACGCGUAUCUAUGUAACGUAUAAAAGGAUGCCAAAUCGGAACGUGACGUGUGGAACUAGCAGAAUCGAGAUCUGUGUUGUAAUCUCCACUAAAAAAAAAGCAUAACUGAGCGCAUUUUAAAAAUUCCCAAUGCAUAUUGGAGAGAAAUCUAUACAAACUAUUUUUUCUAAAGGGUAGAAUUAUCGCGUUCUUUAUAUAUAUAUAUAUAUAAUAAUCUUCUUUUCAAUCGUGUAUAAAAUAUAUAAUAGAACUCCUCUCUCGUUAAAAAAACUUUUGAUUGAGUUAAACAAGAAAGCAAUAUCAGGGCUUUAAUACCAAAGAGGCUGAUUAAUAUUGCCAAAACGCUCUUAUUUUGUUGUUUUAAACUGUUUCUCUUUUCCUCGAAUGUAGUGCACGCAUAAAACAAGUUAUUUAAAAAAUUUUUUUUUCUUUGUUCAAGUAUAAAGAGAACAAAUGCUGAAUGAUUUUAUUAUUUAUGAAGAUCUGUCAAUCGAGGAGUGCUUGCGUGUAAAAUAAUUCUAUAGUAUAAAUCGAUAUUUAACGAUUAAUUAUUAACUUAAUUAUUUAGAGUAAUUAUACGAGAAAUCCAAAUUAUGUAAGAUUUAACUGUAUACUUCUAGGCUAUUCCAUCCAUGAUAGCCCUUUUAUUCCCUCAGCUCGUAAGUUAAUUAUGUAUUUUUAUAUUAAAAUAGCUUAUACACACAAAUGUAUAAGAAAUAAUAUUAAGCAAAACUUGGAAUUUCGAUCUAGGCUAGGAUAUUAAGAGUAUAACAUAAUAUUUAAAAAUUUAUCAAAUUUUUUGGAGAUAUAUUGAGUUCUUCUUACACAUAAAAAGAAAGAAAACACAAUGCGAUAUUAUCAAAAUACUGUCACAGUCUCUGGAACAGUAACAAUGUGAAUAUUGAUUAAGAGGAUGACACCAUUUUGCUAUAUUAAUCAUUGUGUCACUCUACUAUAAAUUUUAGUGUCAAUUCUGCAUUACGCUAGCACUGUGACAAGCCAAAUAACUUUUAAAUGUAAAAUUCAAAUAAUAUAUUACCUUAAAAGUACAUCUAAUUUUGCGUUACUUGUACCUCAAUAUUGAAUACGGCAUAUUUAAUUUUCUCUCCAUUAAAAUACAUGUAUGAUAUUGUCCCCUUAUUAGAAUUAACGUGUCAAGCCGAUUCAUCUUUUUCUAUUGAAAUAAAUAUGAUAAAUAUAUAAGAAAAAAAAGUACUAGGACACAUUUUCCAAAGCAAUAAGUAACUUAAUAUGAUAUUGAUAAUUACAGUUUAGUGUAUACGAACAUUUCAUUUAUUUUAAUUUUCCUCCUCGUCAUCGAUCUUGGGCGCCAGGUAAUACCUGAUGUGUCCAAUAUCUCCAAUCUUAUAUUCACAUACUAAAGGCACAUCGUCAGACAUGGACAGUUGAACUUGAUUGCAAAGAGGACCAGCCUUUACAAAACAAUUCAAAUAACGACAAGAAAAUGUUAACUUUACUGGUUCCUGCAUGUUAACUACUACUGCUUCCUCUUCAUUAUCAGCGUCUGCAGUCUGUGCUAAUUUGAUAUUAGCUGCAAAAAAAAUAGGAAAGAGCAAUAUGUAUAAGUUGGAAGGAUCAUAAUAAAUCAAAUUUAAAUUUAA